AUGUCAACAACUUGUGGCUUUAAGGGCUGCUUGAACCAUGCGUACUUGGUGAUGCCAGUAUGUACCCACUGCGGGAAGCGCAUGUGCACGGCUCACUUGCUCCCAGAAGUGCACGGCUGCGGCGACGCCGUGAAGAAUGCAUCGCAGCGCCAGGCAACCGCGGAGGCGGCAGAGAUGCGGCGGCGGCGCAAGCACCUUGGCCUCGAUGACGUUAAGGCGCGGUUGGAUCGCCGCCGGGAAGAACUCGCGACACAACGAAAGAAAAAGUCAUCGAAAGGGAAACAAUGA